GUCCGCUGUCGGAAGCACAGCACAGAGGAGACGCUCCGGUUAAGUUGUGUGACCGGUCGGUGGCGAGUUUUUACGCGCAGGGAUAAAUCGCGCGAUCACCGAGCAGACCUGGAUCAUACAGCGGAUGAUUUGGGAGCGUAUCCACACUGACUGAAGUGAGACUCAACAGCUGCACGAGAUGAUAUCUGUACCGAGUGGAGGGUUACAGUGAAAAAGUCCCCGCUGCUGCCAAAGAAGAGGACGUCGUUUCUUCUGCUUUUUCAUCACUCGGACCCUCGUCCUCAGGCAGCUGCCCCUUCAAUGUGGGAUACAGUUUUCGUGCUUUCGCCAGGCUGAAAUCCUCCAGGGUCAGGACCUCCCUCAUGGCGGCCUUGCUCUUCGGGCUGCUGCUUUUCGCGAUGCAGUCUCCCCCAAUCCCCUCAAGGCCUAUGCUGGCUGAUGAGGAGCCGGCUGUGCCUCCCACCUCAUCUGCUGCGGACAACGGCACCACAAGCCACCCAAACGGGACUUCCAGACAACUUCCACAGAUUGUAAUUAUAGGCGUGAGGAAAGGGGGGACGCGGGCGCUGAUAGAGAUGCUCAGCCUGCACAGUGCAGUAGCUGCGGCACAGAAUGAAGUGCACUUCUUUGACUGGGAGAAUCACUUUCAGAAAGGUUUGCCGUGGUAUCUCAGCCAGAUGCCCUACUCCUUCCCCGACCAGCUGACAGUGGAGAAAACGCCCGCCUACUUCACCUCCAGCAAAGUCCCAAAACGCAUCCAUCAGAUGAACCCUGAUAUCAAGCUGCUGCUCAUCCUCAGAGACCCCACAGAGCGGGUGCUGUCGGACUACACGCAGGUCUUUUACAACCGCCUCCAGAAGCACAAACGCUAUCAGCCCAUCGAGUCAGUCCUGGUGAAGGACGGUGAGAUUAACCUGGGAUACAAGGCUCUCAAUCGCAGCCUGUAUUACGUUCACAUGCAGAACUGGCUGAAGUACUUCCCACUUGGGAGCAUUCACGUGGUGGACGGGGACGAGCUCAUCAGGGACCCCUUCCCCGAGAUGAAAAAGGUGGAGAGGUUCCUUAAGCUGGAGCCUCAGAUAAAUGCUUCAAACUUUUACUUUAAUAAAACUAAAGGAUUCUACUGUUUGAGGGACCACGGGAGGGAACGGUGUUUACAUGAUUCAAAAGGCAGGGCUCACCCUCAUGUGGCGCCCGCCAUCCUGCAAAAACUUUACCAGUUCUUUCACGAACCCAAUAAGAAGUUCUUUGAGCUGGUGGGUCGAACAUUCAACUGGAAUUAACCGUUAAAGUCUAUCGGGGAGAGUCUCCACCAGGUGUCCUGUUUUCCUCACUAACAAUGUAGAUAAAAACAAAGCUAUGUAAAUUUGAACUAAAUCUAUUUUGUACUACUACUUUUGUUACAGGAGAACGAUGGAGCCAAAUAUCAGGGCAGACUGCAGCUCAUGACAUGCUCUUGUUUUUUUCUCUUUAUCGUCUAACAUGUAUUCUUUUGUCUCUUGUGGACUGUUAGAAACACUCACAGCUCGUCUGAUCAAAGCUGGCGACUCAUCAGGACAUUAAUAACGACAUUCAGACUGAGCCAGUUAUUGUGUUACAUAAAGAUGAAUACCAGGCAGUUGAAGACUGUCAUGCCUUCAUGUUUCACUUCAUAUAUUAUGACAUUAUUACUGUCUAACUGCAUUUAGAGCUCUGAAGGACCUUUUACCUGCUGCUAUGAUUUCCUCAGUCACUUUCAGGCACAAGCUGAUGGCAUAUUGUUCUUCUUUUUGUUCCUCCCUUUAUGUAAGAGUCAGUUAUAUAAACGCUCUGUGCACAUCUUAUACUUGCUGAUCAUUACAGUGUACUGUAAAUAGAUUUUAUAAAAGUGAAGAAUUAAUACCAUAAUAAAGAUGUAUUUUAUUUUUA